AUGAGCAUUAAGCAACGAGAGGACGAGACGUUAAGGUCAUACAAAGCCCGCUUUAACAAGGAGGCAUUCUCAAUCGAUGAAACUGACAACAAGAUACUUGUAGCCGCAUUUACGAAUGGGCUAUGGAAGGGCAAGUUUCUGUUUUCCUUAUACAAAAACGACCGAAAGAUAGCUAGGAUAGGAGAUAGAAGGGAAGAUAAAUGCUCUAAGCCUCCCACUGGCAAGUUCGCAAGCUUCACCCUACUGAACACCCCGACUGAUCAAGUCUUGAUGCAGAUCAAGGUUGAAGGAGCCCUGACAUUUCUUGGCAAGCUAAAGGGAGACCCUAGAAAGAGGUCCAGAGACAAGUACUGUCGUUUCCACCGUGACCACGGUCAUUACACAUCUGACUGCUAUGAUUUAAAGCAACAGAUAGAAGCCCUUAUCAGGCAAGGGAAGUUACAGAGGUUCAUCGGUAAGGAAAUGAUGGACUAG